AACCGUUUGGGAGCGUAAAGUAGCAACAAGUGGAGGAACAGCGCACAAUCACAGCUGCAGAUGACACUAUACGAAGACAUUAUUAUCAUUCAAAAUGAUUUAGUGCUCAACAAGUAUUUACCGUAAACUUACGUUUACAUUAAUACUUACGUUUACAUUAGCACUUUAUAUAAGCCUGUCGCAGAAGUAACUGUUAGCGCUUCUCAAUAUUUGUGAAUGAGUUCUGCUAACUGGAGCAACAUGAGUGAUCAGGACUGUUUUGGGAUUCUGGACUCUGAGUUUGAUCAUUACCUAGUGGAUAUGAAGCCAUAUGUGCUUAAAUUGACCGACAAGACAGAGCGGCAGCGGUGUGCACUGUGGAUUAAAAAGUUGUGUGAUCCUGAGACCUGUGGCUCUGGACUGACUGGAAGGAAAAAUCGUAACAUGCACGCCCGACUCCUUCUGCACAUGCUCAGAAAAGGAGUUUUAGAGGGGCCCUUUACCCACAAACCUGAAGCAGGCAGCCUCAAGACUUUACCUACGUACAUGUCCAUUUAUUUUGAUGAGCCAUUGCUGGCAAAGUCACAGGAGCAGGGAUCUGCCGUCCUGCCGGACUGGGUGUCUGGGGAGUUGGGUCAGACUGAUGGCUCAUGGUCCACCUCACCCCUCUCAAACACACACAGGAAGAGGAAUUUGUUCAACGAUAAGUCAAAAACCAGACCCCUGUCCUCAAGUCCCAUCAAACGUGAUAUCAAGGAUGAUGUCAAGAUGGCGGAGGCACACAGGAGGCCGCCCAUCUCCUCUGAUGAUAGUGACUUUGAGGCUCGCUUCAACAGCUGGAACCUGGGGAUAGAAAACCCCAGAUAUCUGCGUGAGAACCCUAUUCCACUGUCUCCGAUUUACAACAAAUCAAGUCUUGGAAAAAACAGCACCCUUUAUGAUGAGGCCGCCCCAGUGAAAGCUGAUAAGGAGAUUGAGGUGAGGACUAAAGUCUUGGAGGCUAAACAUCAAGAGGAUACACUGAGGAUGCAGCAGAAACAUGACGCAGAGAUUCAGAAGAUUUUGGACCGCAAGAAUGGCGAGAUUGACGAGCUGAAGAGCGUGUAUCGUGGGAAGCAGAAGGAGGCGGAGGAGACAAUUUGGAGGCUGGAGAAGAGAGUUCAAAGCCUGCUGCGAGAGUCCCAGGUCAUCCGACAGACCAAAGAGAAACAGAUCAGCGAGCUGAAGAAAAUGUCUGAUCAAAGUGCUGAAUCUCUGAAAAACGAAUGGGAGAAGAAGUUGCAUGCUGCGGUGGCGGAGAUGGAACAAGAAAAGUUUGACCUGCAGAAGAAGCACACAGACAACAUCCAGGAGCUGCUGGAGGACACCAAUCAACGGCUCGCCAAGAUGGAGGCCGAGUACAGCAGCCAGACGCAGGCCACAGAGCAGAUGUUGCAUGAGCUGGAGACUCGGGUGAAGCAGCUCUCAGUGGAAGUGGAGAAUGGGAACCUGCUCCGGCAGAAGGUCACACAGGAGAAAGCCGAGUUAGAGAUUCAUAUCGCCUCCAUCAGAGCUGAGCUUCAAGAGGCCAACCACAGGAACGUAUCCCUGCUAAGGGAGAUGGAGCAGAUGAGAGAACAGCAUGACGAUGCGCUGCAGAAACUUCAGGACAGACAUAACGCUGACAUGAGCCACUUCCAGCAGGAGCAUGCCCUCUCUGCAGCCAAGGCAUCAGAGGUGAUUGAAGAGUUGGAGCAGACUGUGAUUCACCUCAAACAGCAGAUACAGGAAGCUGAAAACAGGAGACAGAAACAACUCAGGGACCAAGAGAAUAAGAUGCAGCAAGAGAUAACAGACCUACAAAAUAUCACUGACAAAAAGCUGCAGACGCUUCAGGCCGAGCUGGAAAAGGAGCGAGCCGGCAGCAAGAGGAAGAUGAGCAAGAUGGAGGACUCACUCAGGGAUAAAGAGGAGCAGCUGGUUCGUCUCCGGGACAGUCAGAGGUUUCAGGCCCAGCAGGCUGAGAGUGCACUGGAGAACUUUAAGAAGCAGGUGGAGCUCAGCUCAGAGAAGACCUACGCUGACAUGAAGCAACAGAUGGAGAAAGUAGAGGCUGAUCUGAUUCGCUCUAAAUCUCUACGAGAGAAGCAGUCUAAAGAGUUCAGUUACCAGCUGGAGGAGCUGCAGCGAAGAUACGAGCAGCAGAUUGUGGAACUGAAACUGCAGCAUGAACAGGAGCGGACGCACCUACUCCAGACACACAAUGCCGAGAAGGACAGCCUGGUCCAGGACCACCAGCGGGAAAUCGAUAGUUUGGACAAGCAGGCGAGGGCCGCCAUGGUCCAGCAGCAAACGCAAACCCAGGAAUGGAGGAAGCGCGAUGCUCAGACCAUCUCUGAUCUGGAGGCCCAGGUGCAUUCUCUGAGGAAGGAGCUGUUGGCAGCCCACAGUCAGAGGAAACAGCAGCUGACGGAGUUGGGUGUGCUGCGGGAGGAGGAGCGACAGCGGGCCGCUCAGGACCAGCAAACAGCUCUGGACCGUCUGCGGGCCGAGAUGGAUAAAGUGCGGCAGGACCUGGAAAGAACCCACAAGGCUGAAAGAGAGCUGGCCCAAGAGAAGACCAACAGCAGGUUGAAGCAUCUUGAGAAGGAAUAUAAUCAGAAGCUGGCCAAGUCUGCACAGGUGAUAGCUGAGCUGCAGACGUCUCUGAGCAGAGUCAAGGAAGACAGCCGGCAGACGCAGCAGAGUCUAGAGAGACAACUACAGGAAGCACAGGGCUGUUGGGAUGAGGAGAGGAGACAGAUCAACAGAGAUGCUGACCAAACCAACAAGGUUCUUCAAGAACGUGUGGAGGCUCUACAGAGACAGCUGCAUGCCGUUGAGAAGAAGUUGAUGAGCCGCGAGUUGGAAUACCAGGAGCAGAUCACACAUGUCCGUCAGGAGUGUGAGUCGAAGAUCAAAGGCCUGAUUCCCGCAGAGCUGCAGCAGGAGCUGGAGGACACCAUAAGCUCGCUGAAGUCACAGGUCAGCUUCCUGCAGAAGAGAGCGUCAGUCUUACAGGAGCAGCUAGAUGCUGGUCACAUCAGGAGGCAAGUUUCUAUCCACUUUGUGCACUGUUCUGUUGUAAGUGAAACUGUGUAAAAAGUAAGCUAAGUAAGUAUAAAAUUUGCGGUCUCCAGCCUGUUUCCAUCCAAUAAAAUGGUGUGCGUAAUAAAGUCAUUCUUUAAGAAAAAUGAAUUGGUGUUUACGUUUAGGCGCAUCAAAAAUGAAAUAAUAAUAAUUCUGCCCAAAAUGUAUAAAACAUUUUAGUUUGCAACAUUGUGAAAUAAAAGAAAUGAUAAAUCAAGAAAAUAAUAUUUGACAAAAUAUAUGAAUAAAUAAUGAGAGGUUGUUUUUACCACAGCAAAACAUUUGCUUUUAUUCUUUGAACUGUUUUAAAUCCCUACUAAGAAAAAGUUGCUCUAAAAUGACAUGGACCAUUCAACUGUAAUAUGCAACUUGAAGUUUUUUAGGCCACUAUGUAUGAAUAGAUUUAAUGUACGCUUGAACUUUACCAAGAAACAAGCUUUAAUGGGAGCAACAUACAGGCAUUUUAGGAAUUAACACAGAAUUUAUGCAGUAAAAAACACUUUAGAGACCAAUUCUCACUAUUAACUACUAGCAUAUUGGCUGUUUAUUAGUACUUGUAAUGUAACUUGCACAUAUUAAUGCAUUACUCUGCAUGAACACAUUUUAGAUACCUUAAUCCUGAUACCUAAACUUAUGUACUACCUUACUAACUGUUAAUAAGCAGCAAAUUAUGAGUUUAUUGAGGCAAAAGUCAUAGUUAAUAGUGAGAAUUGGUUCCAAAAUAAAUCGUGACCAAAGAUUGUGUUGUGAAAUUUUAAUGAUAGUCAGCAUUUCCAUCUGCUGCAUCAGUAAAUAUUUUGAUGCGCUGAAUCGGUUUCCGCAAAACCCUUGAAUGGAAACUUGGCUAUACUGAUAGCAAGAUGUUUUAGCACUAAUGCAAUGCAAUGAAUAGGUUGUGCAUUAUGUGCAUUUUAAUUUGUGUUUUAUCAUUCUGUUUUUGUGACCAGUAGUUUUUGUAGUCAGGAUAAUAAUUAUAUGAAAUACUGGGAAGUACAGUUUGGAAGCACAAACCACACCUCAUCUCAUAAAUCAAAUAUUUUCUGAUAAGCUAUUGACCAGUCCUCAAUAGUACACUAAAUAUAAAAAAAUAAAAACAACUCACCGGUUACAACCGAAACCUAAUUUAGAUUAACUUCAUUCAUGAUUAUUUAACCUGCACGUUUUCUACACAGUAAGUCCAGGCUUUCAUAAAAAUGAAUUCCCCAUUGCUACAAUGUAGUGGUCCUGUGGUGUGAUCUCUAAAAAUAUGUUUGAGGCUUGGAUAUGUUGUUUUAAAAAAUGUUUAAUGCACUAGUUAAAAACCAUGUUUCAUUCAACACAUCGUAAUCACAAUCCCUGUGUCUCUCUCUCAC